AUGGGUGGCGCGAGCAAAGCUCUAAAAGCUGCUCAUAAUAAUAUGGAUGUUGAUCAAGUAAGUGAUUUUCUGGUACUGCGUUUAUUUUUUUUUGUUUGGGGCGUUUUUUUUUACUCGUUUUAUGACUCACAGUUUGACUGAGAUAAGUAAUUAUUUCAGUACUGCUAAUGCUCUGUUUUGAUUUCCGUUUUCAAAGGUGAAAAAAUAAGUACGAAACAGCAUAAACUUAAGAAAAAUAAUUUUUUUUUUAUGAAACUUGUUUUUCAAAUUUCUUUCACCAGCUCUCAUUCUUCAAAAAUGAAUCUAUUUGAUUCUGUUUUUCUAAUCGUUCUCAGCGACCUUAUGUAGGGAAUUUUUGGUAUUUUAUGUUGAUAAGUUUACAAAAAAAUAUUUUUAUUUUUUUAUUUUUUUAUUAUCAGCUAAUACGAUCGCAUCUAAAAUUUAGGUCCACGAUCUGAUGGAGGAUAUUGCCGAGCAACAAGAGGUGGCGAAUGAAAUCGCAGACGCUAUUUCGAAUCCAGUUGGUUUCAACACUGGAAUCGACGAGGACGAUUUGAUGCGCGAACUUGAAGAACUUGAACAGGUUUAUUUUUACAGAAAAAAUAAAACGAUCAACGAUGGAGAUGGAUACUUAUGUAGCUUAUGGCGUUCAAAGUAACUUCCGCGAAAUCCAAAUCUUCUGACCCCCUAUUUAUCUUUUCCACUUUUUGACGGCUUUUCUUUAUUUCGCGGAAUCACUUUGAAAACGGCAAGAGAUCUGAACUUUUUUUUUUAUCAUAAUCUCUUGUUGCUCCAUGAUAUGAGACAUUUUUGAAGGAAGAACUGGACAAGAAGUUGCUGGACGCGAACCCAGCACCUAUCAAUCUUCCGGAUGCACCUGCCAGCCGACUUCCCGCUGUUUCGAACCGUCCUGCAAAGGUUGCCGCUCACGAUGAAGAUCUUGCAGACCUGGAGAGCUGGGCCAAUGCCUAA